UCCCUCGAAGCAUCCUUGCUGGAGGUUCCUGGCUGUGCGGCCAAGGAUCUAGCAGAGGGCGCCAGGAGGGACUAGCGGCUCUCGGCUGUGUGAUUGCCUCUGGACAGGGAUUUUUUGUUUGGUUUUUUGUUUCCCCCACCCCUCAGUCACCUUCCUUUGCAUCCACUUCUCCGCCUCGCCUUAGCCGAACGAGUCUGCCGGGAGGGGGCGUCCCCAGCCAGAAGAAAGCGCGAGUCUUUGCAGAGGGGAAGCCGGCGGGCAGCCGAAGCCCUCACGCCAUGGGUAGACGCAGGGGGCCGCUUGGAAGCUAGCGACUGCAAGGCGAGGGGUGGUGACCGGCCGCCUGGAGCACUGAGUCCCCGAUCGUCCCUCCGCGGUCUGGGCUGGGGGUGAGCGCGCGUGUGCGCUGUGUGUGUGCGCUGGGGCGGGGGAAGCUGAGCAGAGGAGAGACGAGCAGGCAGACGGAGCCCCCACCCCGCCGUCGUCGCCAGCGCGCGCGCGUGUGAGUGUGUGAUCGGGGGGUGGAUCCUGGUUCGCUUGCCUCCACCGUCUCCAAAAUGCCCGGACUGCCUUCCAUGGAUGGAUAUAUUUUAAGACUUCCUUUCGCAUUGCUAGGCGAGGCGGUUCGCCUGCUGGAGGCGUCCGCCAGUGACAUCUCAUCGCGGGAAGGAAGGCUUUGAUUUGGCCCCUUCCCUCUUUUCCUUCCUCCUGCUGUUUGGGAGGGGGCGGCUGCAAACAACAACAACAACAACAACAAAAAUAGGGACGGAGCUUGAUUUCUGACAGACGUUCCUUCCCCCCCCCUUCCCCUUCUUCCCCCCGCCCCGUCUUUAACUCGCCGCCCCUCCAGGGGCAAAACAAUCUGAAAUCAGGACGCGUCGUUUUGUGUGUGUCUCUCCCACCCCCAUCCCCACGUUUCUCUGAAAUUGACGCCCCAAGGGGGGGCGAUCGGAAGAAGAUCGAGAUCGCGCAUCACGCAUCCGAUUGCCUCGUGUUUCCUGAUACCUGCGGGGGCUCUCAAGCCCUGCCGUCCUGGCGGCAGGAUGGAUUAGGGAUCCCUGAAUGGAGGAGCCCGACGAUACUGGAUCGCAGAAGGCCUGCUGUUGUAUCCCCCAUUCUGGGAUGACCAGAGUGGCUCCAGGUUGCUGACAGCUCCAGCAUCAAGUGCAGCAUGGCCCGGCUCGUCCAUGCCCUCUGGAGUCUCUGCAUCACCACCGUCCUUGUCACCUCAGCCACACAAGCAGGUCUAAGCCGUGCUGGCCUGCCCUUUGGCCUGGUUCGGCGGGAACUGGCAUGUGAGGGCUAUCCUAUUGAGCUGCGCUGCCCAGGCAGUGAUGUCAUCAUGGUGGAAAAUGCAAACUACGGGCGUACGGAUGACAAGAUCUGUGAUGCCGAUCCCUUCCAGAUGGAGAACGUCCAGUGCUAUCUUCCAGAUGCCUUCAAAAUCAUGUCCCAAAGGUGCAAUAAUCGGACACAGUGUGUGGUGGUGGCUGGCUCAGAUGCUUUCCCAGACCCUUGCCCUGGCACCUACAAGUACCUGGAGGUCCAGUAUGACUGUGUCCCCUACAUAGAAGUGGAACAGAAAGUAUUCGUUUGCCCAGGGACGCUGCACAAGAUCCUGGAACCUACCUCAGCCCACGAGUCAGAACACCAGUCUGGAGCCUGGUGCAAGGACCCUCUUCAAGCUGGAGACCGAAUAUAUGUCAUGCCAUGGAUUCCAUACCGGACAGACACACUGACAGAGUAUGCUUCAUGGGAGGACUAUGUGGGUGCCCGACACACCACCACGUAUCGCCUGCCCAACAGGGUUGAUGGCACAGGCUUUGUGGUGUACGAUGGAGCAGUCUUCUAUAAUAAGGAGCGGACGCGCAACAUUAUCAAGUAUGACCUGCGGACACGCAUUAAGAGUGGAGAGACUGUUAUCAACACAGCCAACUACCAUGACACCUCACCCUACCGCUGGGGUGGCAAGACCGACAUUGAUUUGGCUGUGGAUGAAAAUGGGUUGUGGGUCAUCUAUGCCACUGAAGGGAACAAUGGGCGGCUGGUGGUCAGCCAGCUCAAUCCCUACACGCUACGCUUUGAGGGUACGUGGGAGACAGGCUAUGACAAGCGCUCAGCAUCCAAUGCCUUCAUGGUGUGUGGAGUCCUCUAUGUGGUACGGACAGUUUAUGUGGAUGAUGACAGUGAAGCAGCCGGUAACCGUGUUGAUUAUGCCUUCAAUACCAACAUGAAUCGUGAGGAACCCAUCUCGUUGACCUUCCCCAACCCCUACCAAUUCAUCUCCUCCAUUGACUAUAACCCCCGGGACAACCAGCUCUAUGUAUGGAACAACUACUUUGUUCUGCGCUACUCUCUUGAGUUUGGCCCACCUGACCCUAGCACUGGCCCAGUUACCUCAACACCACUCAGCACUACAACCACCGUUCGUCCCACCACAGUCACCAGUACAGUCUCGCCUGCUGCUACAACAACAGCACGCCAGGCACCCCUCACCACCCACCCCAUAGGUGCCAUAAACCAGAAGGGCACAGAGCUGCACCCAGUCACUGCCAUCGUGCCCAGCACCCGCCGUCCACCAGCAAACAAUCAGCAUGUCUCUCCAGAGCUCUUCUGUGAGGCCAAGGAGGUGCGGCGUGUCCAGUGGCCAGCCACACAACAGGGCAUGCUGGUUGAAAGGCCUUGCCCGAAGGGCACACGAGGUAUUGCUUCCUUCCAGUGUCUUGCUUCUCUCGGAAUCUGGAAUCCACGAGGGCCUGACCUCAGCAACUGCACAAGUCCUUGGGUCAACCAGGUGGCACAAAAGAUCAAGAGUGGAGAGAAUGCAGCCAAUAUUGCUAGUGAGCUAGCCCGGCAUACGCGAGGUGCCAUCUACGCUGGAGAUGUCAGCUCCUCUGUCAAGCUCAUGGAACAGCUGCUAGACAUUCUGGAUGCCCAGCUCCAGGCCCUACGUCCCAUUGAGAGAGAGUCUGCUGGCAAGAACUACAACAAGAUGCACAAGAGAGAAAAGACAUGUAAGGACUAUAUCAAGGCUGUAGUGGAAACAGUGGACAACCUGCUGCGACCUGAGGCACUAGAGUCAUGGAAGGACAUGAAUGCCACAGAGCAGGUGCACACAGCCACAAUGUUGCUUGACAUCCUGGAGGAGGGGGCCUUUCUUCUGGCAGACAAUGUCAAAGAGCCAGCCCGUUUUGUCACAGCCAAGGAUAAUGUCGUGCUAGAGGUAUCAGUGUUGAACACAGAGGGGCAGGUGCCAGAUAUUGUGUUCCCACAUGACUAUAACACCAGGAAUUCCAUCCAGCUGUCAGCCAACACUAUCAAGCAAAACAGCCGUAAUGGAGUGGUCAAGGUUGUCUUCAUUCUCUACAACAACUUGGGUUUUUUCCUCUCUACUGAGAAUGCCACAAUCAAGUUGGGUGGUGAGGUUGGUCCACUUAGCCCCUCACUAGUGGUCAACUCACAAGUCAUUGCUGCCUCCAUCAACAAGGAAUCUAGCCGUGUCUUCCUAAUGGAUCCUGUCAUCUUCACCCUCUCACACCUGGAGGACAAGAACCACUUCAAUGCCAAUUGCUCCUUCUGGAACUACUCAGAGCGCUCCAUGAUGGGUUACUGGUCCACGCAGGGCUGCCGGCUGGUGGAGACCAACAAGACCCACACCACUUGUGCAUGCAGCCAUCUCACCAACUUUGCUGUGCUCAUGGCACACCGUGAAAUUUACCAAGGCCGCAUCAAUGAGCUGCUGCUGUCCGUCAUCACGUGGGUGGGCAUUGUGAUUUCCUUGGUCUGCUUGGCCAUUUGCAUCUCCACCUUCUGCUUCCUGCGUGGGCUGCAGACUGACCGCAACACCAUCCACAAGAACCUCUGCAUCAAUCUCUUCAUCACCGAGCUCCUCUUUCUCAUCGGCAUUGAUAAGACCCAGUACGAGAUUGCCUGCCCCAUCUUCGCAGGGCUGCUGCACUACUUCUUCCUGGCAGCAUUCUCCUGGAUGUGCCUGGAGGGCAUCCACCUUUACCUCAUGCUAGUUGAGGUCUUUGAGAGCGAGUAUUCCCGCAAGAAAUACUACUACUUGGGUGGCUACUGCUUCCCUGCCCUGGUAGUGGGUAUUGCUGCCGCCAUUGACUACCGUAGUUACGGCACCGAGAAAGCAUGCUGGCUUCGAGUUGAUAACAACUUCAUCUGGAGCUUCAUUGGACCCGUCUCUUUUGUGAUUGUGAUCAACCUGGUGUUCCUCAUGGUUACUCUGCACAAGAUGAUCCGCAACACAUCUGUCCUCAAGCCUGACUCCAGCCGACUGGACAACAUCAAGUCUUGGGCACUUGGGGCCAUCACUCUCCUUUUUCUCCUGGGUCUUACCUGGGCAUUUGGCCUCCUCUUCAUCAACAAGGAGUCCAUUGUCAUGGCCUAUCUCUUCACCACCUUCAAUGCUUUCCAGGGCAUGUUCAUCUUUGUGUUCCAUUGUGCACUGCAGAAAAAGGUUCACCGGGAAUUCAGCAAAUGCCUGCGACAUGCAUCCUGCUGCCUACGGAGCCCACCAGGAGCCACACUGGGCUCCCUUAAGACCUCAGCCAUCCGUAGCAACAACCGUUACUACACUGGGACGCAGAGCCGAAUUCGGAGAAUGUGGAAUGACACUGUAAGGAAACAAACUGAGUCCAGCUUCAUGGCAGGUGAUCUCAACAGCACUCCCACCCUUAACCGAGGCACAAUGGGGAACCACCUGCUGACCAACCCCGUGCUGCAGACACGGGGCGGGACCAGUCCCUACAACACACUCAUUGCUGAGUCCGUGGGCUUCAACCCUGCCUCUCCCCCUGUCUUCAACUCCCCAGGGAGCUUCCGAGAGUCCAAGCACCCCCUGAACAACAGCCGAGACGCCUGUGGCAUGGACACCCUCCCGCUCAAUGGCAACUUCAAUAACAGCUACUCCCUCCGCAGUGGUGACUUCCCAGCUGAUGGCACCAAGAUGGCUGAUUGCCGACGCAACCUAAGUGAUGCUGCAGCCUUUGAAAAAAUGAUCAUCUCUGAGUUGGUACAUAACAACUUGAGGGGGGGAGGUGGUGGCAUGGUCAAGGGAGGUGGGGGUUCCACAGAGACCUCCAACCCCCCUGGGCCCCCUCCCCCUCCCAACAUAGUAGCUGGGGGAGGGGGUACCAACAGUGAGGAUGAUGCCAUUGUGCCUGACGCCCCUUCCUUGACCCAUGAGGAGAACAUGGAAAUUGAACUCAUGUAUAAGGCCUUAGAGGAGCCGCUGUUGCUUCAGAGGGCACAGUCCAUCCUCUACCAGAGCGACCUGGAGGAGUCGGAGAGUUGCACAGCUGACCUGACAGAGGGGGGUGAUGGCCAAGCCCCUUCACCCAACAGGGACUCUUUAUACACCAGUAUGACCAACCUGAGGGACUCCCCAUACCCGGACAGCAGCCCCGAGGCGGUUGGGGAAGUGCUCCCUCAUGCCCAAGCCAUCAAUGAAAUCUACUACACCAACCGGCCAGCCUUGGUGCCACGCAACCAACUCCAGGCCUACUACCAAGUCCGGAGACCCAGCAACGAUGGCUACUUGGUGCCAGGAAGCUUAGAAAGCCCAGCAGUGGAGGGAGAUGGCCAAAUGCAGCUGGUGACCAGCCUCUGAGGGGCCGAAAAGGGACUGAGGGACCAUGCCCCCAACCCUAAUAUGGCAUCCUUGCUGUGACCUGAACAUUUUCAUUUUUUCCUGGAGGAAAGGGCGGGGAAGAAGAGAAUGAAGCAGGGCUGGGGAAUGAAUGGAGGAGAGAAGGUGGAAGAAAGAGCUCAGUAAGGCAGAGGGCUUCCCUGAGGGAGGGCAGCCAUUUUGUCCUGCUUUCCUUCCAUCCAAUUAGUUUUCCAGGCAGAAAGCGGCACAGUGCCUAUUUGGUUAUGUUAGUUUCUUUUCCAGAGAAAUGCAGUGGGUGAAAGAGCAGUGUCCAGGCAAAGGAAUCAGACUUAUUUUAAGAAUACCUCCCAGAGAAUGGGGAGGGGAAAUAGAUGGGAAAAAUUUAAAAGCUGAAAUAGUAAUUAUUUUUUAAAGAAAUGCUACAAAAAUCAAAGCCAUGAGGGUGCCAUACACAGAGAAUAGGGCACUUGGGGAAAUGCCCUGCCUCUUGGCUCAGCACCCACUAUCCGCCCUCCCCUUCCCACAACUUUGUUAGCCUGUUCAGAAGAGUACAAGAGACAAAUGGGGCCUUAUGGCACUUGGCCUAGUUGGGGUUUGGAUGCAAAUGUUGCCAAAAAUAUUGAGAGAGAGAGAGAGAGAGAGAGAAGUGGGCGGGGGGAGAGGAAGGAGUUGUUCAGAUGAUGUUAAGCCCAGAACCUGCCUUCCAGUAUUUGUUGACUGUCACAGUUUAUCAGCAGGACUUUGCAUUUAAGUUCCUUGAUUCUUUCAGAUUGGCAGGAUAGCAGGAAAGUUUCCCUUUGUUUCUUUGAAAAGAGCCCACAUAGGGAUGCUUGACAUGCACCAUUGUUCCUGGGGAAGAAGGAGGAAGUAGGACUGAGGUGGCUAUCUUUAGGUUUAUUUUGGGUUUUGUGGCUGCAUUUGGUAGCCAUUGCCCUCAUGGUUGAUUUGGUGUAGUCACCAGGCCUGAAAUAAAAUCGCACAAAACAGAGAUGAUGAGGGAUGAAAUGGGGGCCCUUCUUCCUGUGUCUUCUGUUGAACUCAGUCCCGUCACUCCCCCACACAGCCUGCUGAGUUGCUGCUCCAACGUUUAGCAGUGAUGCAAGAAGAAUACUCUUCAUCUUCCUUCUGUUUCAUUCCUGCCUAGAAAGAAGCAAAAGUCAGGAGUACCUGCAAUGCAAAUAUGGCUGCCAUCCAAACACAUUUGGGACCACAUUUAGGGGGGAAGUUGGAGUGUUCAAACAUGAACUCUUUUUUUUUCCAGACUUGGAUGGAUUGUCCUUCAGCAAACUGACAAAAACAGCAACAAAAACACUAACCCAGACUGCACUUUUUUCCCCAAAGGAAAAAGAAAUAACAAAUCUCCCUCCUCUCAAGCACAACUCCGACUUUUCUCACCAGCUCUCGUCCUGGGAGAAAGCAACCAGUCUCACCUAGAGGCAUCAUAUCUCUGGGGCGGGCGGUGGGCGGGGUCAAAGUGGGUUGGGAAGGGGGGAUGUGAUACCAAUUGAAAUGCUGUAAAUAUGAAAUCCUAAAAACAACAACAACAGAAUUGAUUUACUCACUUGAAAAAGGAAAAAAAAGUGGAACUUUUCUGUCUGGGUUUUAAAUAUAUCUAUAUCUAUAUGAUAUAUAUAGAUAUAUGGCACUCAGCUCUGCUCUGGCCCCAUGUGUGGUAUGGGAGCAUGAAAGGGAAAAGGAAAUCCCUGCUUUGAUGAAGACAACAGGGGGAAACCCACCAAGAGCAGAUUUUUACAAUCAAAAAAGAAAAAAAGGGGGAAAAACAAUUUUGGCACAAUUUUUAUGUAAUAUAUAACAUAUACUGCAUCAUUUCUGUGACCUUGAAGCAUUUCCCCUUUUCCUGCCGGAUGAGGUACUUAUUCCGUACAUCUCUACAUGAAGUUGGUUAUUUUCUCAUUUACUGCCACUGUGGAAUUGUGGGUGGGGGGAAAUCAAAAACCAUUUUUACUGCAAGACCCAAAGAUGCUGUAAUUCUCUAAUGCUGUUGGUUCCAGGAGAAUCCUUUGCUUUUAAGAAUUUGGGGGGGGGCAGAGUGUUGUCUCAUUGCAUUUCAUUAUUUUACUUUAUUUUAAAAAGCAAACACAUCAUUGGUAUUUAUUUGAAAUCUUCAGACUAGAUGUUGCCUGGGCACAUUGCAUCAAAAAGGGAAGUGGUGUGUGGUUUUUGCUAGCUGGAGCCUCAAAGUGUUAAGUUUUUAAAACUGGGUUUGCAUUUUUCUCCCCUUUUUCAGCAAGUAGAAGUGCUAGGAGACUUCUCAAAAACAGAAACAGAAGGUUUGCAUUUUUAGAGGAGCCCUUCCUUUGGACUAGCCAAGGCCUUUCCUUCUCUGCACCCUACCACAGAGAGAAAGAGGAGCCAUCAGCAAAUCUUUUUUAACCUCUUUGUAUCUCUGACCCCAGAGCCACUGCGGAGACCCAAGCAACCAGUAAAUAGUCUGCAACUGCCCUGUAUCACGGCAGCACAAUUCACUGGUGCCUCCUCUUCCAUCCUAAAGCCCAAUUAGAGGGAUCACCCUCACCCUGACUCUCAGUUAUCUUUUUCAUGGUCUUCUGCAUCUACACUAUUGGUAUGUGCCUGUGCAUGUCAACACUGGGGACACUUCCAUAACUUCUGGAAAUGCUUCAGCAUCAACCAUGUGCCCGGCAUGACUGUUAAGGUUGUGCAGUUGGAGUUUCUCCCCUCAGUUCCCUUGUGAUUGCUGCUGAGGAAACAACAAGCUUUUCAUUCACUUUCCUCUUGCUCUCUACUUCUUUCAUUAAAAAGAAAGUGCAGUUGUUUCACCAGCUAAACUAUAUUUAAGUUACAUUCUUGUUCUCUUUACAGUGAGCACAGUUAACUCUCUUUUAAAUUUGAUAAUGCACAUAAUUAAAAGGAUGGACAUAAUGUUUGUUUUGUCUGGAAGAGGACCACAGAGCAAAUUCCUGUCAUAUUUUCAUUUGGUUUUGAAAAUAGUCAAAACAGAGAACCAAAGUUAAGUGCUUCACUAUAUGAAAUGGCACUAAAAUCUCCACCAUUUUUGUCUAUGAUGCAGUUAUUUGUGUCUAACACCCCACUGAUUCUUCUGAUACAGAUAUUAAAGAAAUCUCCCUCAGAUAAAUAGUCAUCAGGGAAGUCAAAAAAGUCCAAUCAUACAUCUUCAACUUCGAGGCAGCCGACCAGUCCUCAAAAAAGAGGGCAUCAGUUUUGGAAGACCCUUAGAGGAGAUCAGGGAAGAAAAAGGAGGAUUCGGUGAAGCAGAUGGCUUUGGUCAGAGAACUCUCUGCUGAGAACCCCAGUAUUAGUGCCAAUAGAGAAGCCCUCAGAGGUACCUAAAAUUCCAUCUAUGUCACCUAUGCAUUGAGAUAUUGAUUUCAUGGAGGGUUCUCCAUAUUUACCAGUACAGUUAAUGGAGGCAGCCUCUUUGACAGAUGAGAAAUCUGGAAAAGGGAUGAAGCACUGACAUUGUUAUAGUCCACAGUGCACACUGCACUGAGGUUGAGAGACUCCUUCCUUCUCACUCUUCCAGCUCUUCUCAGUACAGACACUACUGUGAGCACACAUACUCCCCAAUGUCAGAGUGUCAGUUCCGUGAUUCAACCAUUACUUCUCUGGAUAUCACAGAAAAGUAUCUCUGGAAUUCUUCCAAGACUGAUCUUCCCAUUAUCACCAGUCUUCUGACUAUGGUGCUGACAGCCAAAAGAAUAGUAAUAAUGGGGAGAUUGGUUCUGGAAGAAAAAUUCCAGAUACCUGCUGCUACUGUUUCUGCUCCAAUUCAACUGAGUGCUGUUGAUCCUGAUGUUGAGGUCAUUUAGCAAUCUUCGUUGUCAAUGUUAGCUAUCAUCCCGAUGUCUACAGCACCAAACCUUCAUUCCUUGACUGCACUGGUGUCUUCAACAAGACUGACAACUUCAGUAUAGAGCUCUAUACCAAGGGGGGGCAAACCUCAUUCACCUUAUGUUUUGGAUGUUGACAAUACAGAUUCCAAAAUUAGAAUUUACUCACUCUCAAAUGAUUUUGAUACAGAAUGCCUCUGAUCUUUCUUCAGAUGACACUGCCCUUCCAAAGCGAUCAGAUUAUCUUCUGGAGGCGUUAAAAAUGUACAGUGCUCAGAUACUGUGCUUGACAAAAAUGCUGGGUUUGUCACUGAACGAAGGAAGCGACUCCACCAAUAGAUGAUCCAGUGUUCAAUUUUGUCCAUAGUUCAUCUAUGCCAACAGAUGUACCCAGGGUACCCAGUAUUGAUAAAUGCAUCAAAGUAGACGGAGCAAACCAGCACCUGUCUUUCCAACUUUGAAGAAGCUGGAAUUCAUGUAUAAAGUGCAAGCAGGCAUUUGCUUGCUGCCCCGAGCCUUUUUUGGAAGGGUGGUAUAUAAAUAUAAAUAAAUAAAUAGUGGGUUCCUGUUUAAACAUCCCUCUCCUGACUCAAUGGUAGUAGAGCAUACCAGCUUGUAGAAGCAUUAUAGGAGGCAUUCUGCCCCUGCCAUUAUAUGUAAAAUCAAUAUAGAUAGAUAAAUAAAUAAAUAAAUAAAUAAAUAAAUAAAUAAAUAAAAGCACACUUUACGAAGACGGCAGGUUCCUCAACAGCAAAUCUCUUGGGUGCUUCAAUCCCUGCCAUAUGUAAAACUGCAGCCUGGUUCACAAUAUCUUCUUUCAUCAAACACUGUGCCUUGGAUGUUAGAUCAAGAAAGGAUGCUGUACAGGGUAGAGCUUCCCUACAGCAAGUUCUGCCUUGACGUUUCACCCACCUCCAAGAUGCUCAUUAGCUAAUCUUCCAAUAGUGUGGAUGCACAGAGGAGCACAAACAGGUUGCUUACUGUUGCUUACCUUUGAGUGGUCCUGUGUGCAUACAUGCAACCCAUCCACCAGCCUGACUGCAGGUGGAGGGGGAAAGAUGUAGUUAAGGUACUUACCUGUUUGAAUUUAGGUCUCCACACAGACAUCUGCUGUUAGUGGCAUUCAGUCAGGAACUGAGGGAAGACGUUCCAGCUGCCCAAGCCUAAUGUUCAUGCUAUCAUGUGGGUGGCAUUGAAGCAUCUGGAGAAGCUAUGGAAGUGUCAAAGUUGUUAUCUGCACAACCACAUUCCUAAUAGUGUUGAUGCACAUAGGAGCACUUGAAGAUAAUCAGUUCCAGGUAAGCAACUUGAUUUUUCCCUGGGCUGUUGUCGGGCUAGGUCUACUGCAUCUUUCCACCCAAGAACACCCAAUAAAUGGCUGGUAAAGAGCUGGCCAUGUACCCAUACUGAUCUCUAUGUGGGGAAGAGCCCAGAUGGAAAGAUGGAAGUUGGGUUUUGCUAGCAACAACAAAUCAGGUGAAAGUGCAUGCAGUUUGUGGCUCUAGAAUAAGAUCAACAAUAUAGCUCUGGAGCAGUGAGCCUGAUAUGACACCUUUUCCAAUCGAGUGAGGCAGCAUGCAGCAAAAUAACUCAGGCUGUCCCACCCACAGCCAGGUUUUUUCUAUCCCAGCUUGCAGGGCAAGGUUAUAAAAGAAUUAGCAGGCCCUAAAAAUGUCCAGACACCUUUUAUUUUAUAUCUAGGUCAUUCUUUCAAGGGACAUGGGGGAUUGGAUUGUGGGACAUUUACCUCCCUUCAUUACUGCUUCAGUCUUUGGUUGAAUUACUCAUUGGAAUCACAUUGUAUGAAAGUUGGAGAGUUAACUAUGUCCUCCUCCUGACACACAUUGGUUUAUCCAAACUCUUUUCAGUUUGGUCCAGAACUAGCUUGUCUGCUUUCUUAGGGGAACACUCUACCCCAAAGAAGAUGAAGCCCUGCCCCCAAUGACCUGUUCCAGCACCGAACUCUGUUUCUGAUCAAUCCUCUCUCAAUACCAAAUGGCCUUAUUAACCUCACUUGCAUUUGCUGCAUUGGCCCAAGGAAGACCCUGGGUUCAGGUAUCUCCUUGCCAUUAUUAUCAAGAGGUAUUUGGGAACCUUAUGUUUAAAAAAAACCAACAAAAAACCAAAGACUAUCUGCUCUCCUCCACCCUGUUGGAGUGAAGCUAUGGAGGUUGAAUGGCUAGCAUCCCAAUCUCAAGACUGGAUAUUUUCCAGCCUAAUGUUAACUCUGAGUAAUCUACACUAUAGUUAUGUUUUCUCUGUUAAUUGGAAAGAAGGAAUCAACAAAUCGUUGAGUUAAUAUCAGUGUUACUGCCUGUUCUGCCCUGGCAUGAGACAGAUGGUGGAGGAGGCUGGCUCUUUUAAGUUAACAACAGAUGAGAGAACAGGCGUUUAGCAUUCAGACUUUGCAAUCAAAUCAGAUGCUCCUUGCUGUUUUGGUGGAGGUAGGAGGGAUGUCCUCCAUCCAUAUGAUGGAGGCUUCUUGCUGGAUGCAGUCUAUAGACUUUACCAUUGCCCAGUUUCUUUUACUGCUACUUACCUCAGUGAAGUGUGACCAUCUGAAUUCAGGAGCGCUCUACAGACAUAUGCAGCUUAAAUUUACAUUCUGGAAAGUAGAGGUCAAGAAGAGUCCCAUAUCCAGUGUUAUCAUUAGGAGAAGGGACAUGUUCAUUUGCAAGGUAUGAAAUAGAAGAGAGAGAGAGGAAAAACAACUCCCUCCAUUGUCACUGCAGCAUAUGCUAUGUCCUCGGCACUUACCAAUGACUCCUCUCCUUGAUUAGCACACUCCUAACUGAAGUAGCUGGGCUUGAAGAAAUCACCACAGUAGUGUGAAGCUGCUACCUGGGUAGAGGAGGUCCCCUUCAUGUUUAAACAAAAUAUCCUGCAUGGACUAGUUCGCCUGAGAGCCACUCUUCAUUUCCCACAUCUUUAUUUUAUAAACCUUCCUCUCCCAACCCUUUUGUUUGUUUUUGCGCUUUAGGGAAGGUGCUCAUUUUAGCUGCUUAUUAUUGAACCUUCUCCACAACCAGAACUACACACCAUAUUCUAAAUGUGUGUUUUCCAUAAGUUUACACUAUGACAUUGGGAUACUUGUUGUAUUGUUUUCAAUCCUCAUCAUGAAUUUGUCCCUGAUAUAACUGAACGUCCUGCUAUGACCGCAAAAUAGUUUCCCAGGGCCAUUCUCUACUCAAGUAUAAGAUUUCAACAGGUGAAGGAGACCCCCUCAUAUCCAGCAAUGAUAAUCAUACAGGUGUCUCCAUUUCUCAACUGAAGAAAGUGCCCCCUUCACUGGCAGGCGAGAGGUUUGCUAUCUUAAGUUUUCCCUUGAGACUGCACAGUGCAGAUGUCCCCACCCCAAUCCAGCAGUAGGCAGAGGGACCCGACAAUGCCAAGUGCUUGAGUCCAGAUGGAUUGCUAGGAGCAGAUGCGUCCUUGUCACUCUGGAGAGGACUAAGAGGGCAAAGCUGUGUGUCUGGUCUAAGCCCUGUGCAGACAGAUGGAAUACUACUCCAUUUUUGUACGGAAGCCAUCAUUAUAUUCUUGUCUGUUUUAUUUUAUAUCAUGAGGUCUCUGCUGGGGGUCACAGGAAAUAUUUGCAGAUAAAGGGGGGAUAGUCAGAAAACAAAGAUCCAUUUGUAGCAUGCCUCCAGGAGCCAAUGGCUGACAUUUCCCCAUGUUCUUGCCCUCCCCCCGCCCCAAUGAAGGUUGGCGGCUUCACAGUUAGAGAUCCUCGGAAGCUUCCUAGUCAACAACUACAGUUGUUAACAUGCCAUCCUGGGUGUAACCAGUUCAUCUUUUUCCUUGCAGCCCAUUAACUGAGACCUCUGUAGUCCCCUUUGUUGGCCUUUCAUCAAAGACUUAUGCAAACCCAUGAGUUCAACCCACGUCUUCAGCAAAAGCAUUCCCUUAAGCUUCUUCAGAGUUAUCCACUACCUUUGUGCAAUGGAGGCAGAUGGCAAGUUAGCCCAAAUGUAUUCCCCACUCGCCAUCAGGUCAAAACUGCAUGGAAAAUAUGGGGCAACCCCUAGGACAAGGAUAUGGCCCUUGUGUUUCCCAUCUUGACGACGGCUGGGAGAAUCAACAAGCAGUAUGCCUCAUUGGCACACUGCUCAUCCAGGCCAUCUCUGUUUUCUCAAGAACAAUUGACUGGGUACAAGCCAACAUGAGCGGCAUUCAUGCAUAAGCUAGUUCAGGACAGUACUACCUCUCGAGUAACAUUAGAACUUGGAAUCUGCUGCUCUAAAAGCCACUCUGAGUUUAAUUGCUAGGCACAGUGGCACUCUUGCCCUGUCUCUCUGUUCUGGGGGAGUGAUAUGUGCUCCCUUCUCUGCCAGAAACUCUCAGGCUCCCCGCACACUCCUAACUUCUGGGGAGGGAGGGUCGUUCUUUUGCAAAACAGUGAAAGGACAGCUAUAAAGCCUGAACCAGCACCAGCAGUUCUCAGAAGUGGAGAAUCGCUCAUCCUUCCCAAGCUGCGUGAUACAGGCAGGUGCUCCAGGCAAUGGGCCUCCCGAAUGAAGGAGUUCAUUUCCCCAUAGCUCUGUAGGGGGACUUCUGCUGCUGCUGUAGGAGCUUCUUACACCAGCUCUCUUCCUCCUCCUCCCCCUGUACAGGUCUUGCCAGUGCAGCCCUGGGCCCGCCCAGACUGUGUCUCCCACUGGUGCCUGUGUGCUGUCCUGCCACCCAUGGGCUUCUAAACCACUGGCAAGUGGUGGGCCCAGAGCAGGCCACCUCCUUUUCGCUAGCCAGCUCCAGUAAAGGCAUGAGCCCAGCUAUGCUAGGCACCGCAGAGCCAGAGGGGAACUUGUGCUGGGACAGGAAAUGUCAAGGAGGAAGGCCGGCAUGGCAGCAGCAAGCACCCCAGAGCCUCAGGCUGGUUCCCUGUGCAGUCCUGCCUGCCUCCUCAAAGCUGCCCCUGCCCUGCCACACUGGUCUCCAUUGUUAUUCCUUCAGCUCCCUCCAGAUUUGCAAGUGAAGCUGUGCCUUUGGAAUGGCAGCAUGAAGGCCUCCUGCGUCCAAAAAUCCAGGGCCUACUGGGAAGGUGUGUGGUUCAUUCUCUCCCUUGGGCCCUCUAUGUCCCCUUCUACAGGUUGGUGCUGAUCCAUUUCUGUCUCAACACCAUUGCUUUUGUCCAGUUUGCCUUUUUUCCUUUCCAUCUGUCUUUUCAGUUCCCUUCCCUUCCUUUCAACAUGCCAAACCAAUUUUGGGUCGAGUGCAUUAAACAGAAAAAAAAUAUAAUAAUGAAAAUUUUAAAAAUAUUUAAAAAAUGGAAACUUGUUGAGUUACAAAAAAAAUUAAAACAAUAAAGAAAAUAUGAUUUCUUGGA